AUGGCCUGCGCCAUCUAUGGGAAUCCGAGAAUUCCGAGCGACGUGGACAUAGUGUGCAUGACGGACAAGCACACCCAAGCCGAGCUAAAGAGCGUCCUGGCUGCGCAGGACAGCAACUUCUACACCAUUCCCUCGCGGGACCCGACCGCGACUUAUCGGGUGCUCUGGUAUCGGCUGGGCUACCGCCAGUCCUGCAAAUCGCGCGUUGUGCGCGAGAAGCAGCGCAGCGACCUGCCGCUUAUGCCCUUCCUCCCGCUGCUGCUGCUGAAGCUCCAGGCCUGGCAGGACCACGGCGAGGCGAGCAAGACGUACCUGCAGCUGAAGCAGUACACCGACGUGCGCGACAUCGGCGAGAUGCUCGAGAUAGCGGGAUCCAAAUAUGCGGGUCUUGAUGUGGGAGGAGAAGACGGCAAGUGGCUGCCCGCGACGUUUGUGCGGGACGCGAAGCGUCGUGUGAGGCUCUAUGUCAGAAGCCACCCAGAGACCGCAGAACGUUGGGCAGAAUUGGGGUUCAGAGUUUAG